AUGCAACUCCCACCUCGGAUCUUCCUGUUGUUGCGUGGAUAUAUGGUGCUUUUGAAUGUAGGUGGAUUUGAGGUGGGAUCUCCUGAGCUGUAUGACGGCGCGGUCAUUGUAGAGCGUUCAAUUACACUCGGUCAACCGGUCAUUUAUGUUUCAAUGAAUUAUCGGGUUACUGCUUUCGGUUUCUUGGCUGGUAAAGAGGUGAAGGAGGCAGGAGUCGGUAAUUUAGGGCUUCAGGAUCAGCGUGAGGCACUCAGAUGGAUACAAAAGUACAUUGGCGCUUUCGGUGGUGAUCCCACGAAAGUUACCAUUUGGGGUGAAUCUGCAGGGGCCAUGUCCGUCUCCCUUCAGAUGCUUGCUGAUGGAGGAGAUACCAAGGGACUCUUCCGCGCAGGUUUCAUGCAAUCAGGCUCUCCGAUUCCAGUUGGAGAUAUCGGAAACGGCCAAAAGUAUUACGACGCACUUGUUCAGGAGACCGGAUGCGCAGGGUCUUCAGAUACACUCGCAUGCUUGCGAACAGUCCCGUUCUCGAAACUUAAGUCUACUAUCAACGACUCUCCCGGAGUUUUCGCCUACCAGUCAUUGAACCUGGCAUGGCAACCUCGAACAGAUGGCGUUUUCUUUUCCGACAAUCCACAGAGGCUGGUUCAACAAGGAAAGGUCGCUAAGAUCCCCAUUGUGAACGGUGAUUGUGACGACGAAGGGACCCUCUUCUCCCUCUCGACCCUUAACGUGACAACUGAGAGCCAAAUUCGCAUAUAUGUGAAGACGGAAUUUCUUCCAACAAUUACGGACGCCGAUUUGGAUACCCUGCUGAAGGCAUAUCCACAGGAUCCUAUUCAGGGCUCACCUUACGACACGGGAUUUUUGGACACCUUAAGUCUCCAAUUCAAGCGCUUCGCGUCCUUCCAGGGUGAUGCGGUGUUCCAAGCACCUAGAAGAUUUUUCUUAGAUAAUCUCAGUGGAAAACAAAAGAUUUGGUCGUUCUUGAGCAAGCGAGACAAAGCCUUGCAAUUCUUGGGUGCUGCUCACGGAUCCGACCUACUGAACAUAUACGGCGGAGGCGAGCUGACGGACUACCUUAUCCGUUUUGUGACCAACCUGGACCCUAAUGGUCCUGGAUCUACCUCGUGGCCAGAGUAUACUACAGCGUCUCCGUCUCUUUUGACGCUCGUGGACAACGUCUUUUUCCCGAUACAAAUUACGCAAGACACGUAUAGGAAGGAUGCGAUGGAUACACUUACAAAGGUUACCCUGGAAAACCCAAUGUAA